AUGAGUUCAUCAGUUGCUGCGGACGAACUCACUAAUGGAAAAUUUAAAGUCGCCACAUUAUCCAGAAAGCGAUCUUCGGAUGGAAGUUUUAAACCUCUUCUAUCUGAACCGCUUAAAAUCGCCUCACCUCAAAUACCGUCGAGCGAAAUUACCUCGCCUACGAAAGGCAUUGCAACUCCUCAGCCGGCUCCCAAAAAGCGCGGUCGACCACCAAAGAUUAGACCGCCUGGCACAGUGUCAACGGUUCAAAGUACUAAAUCGCCCAGAACAGCUCGUAGCUCGGGCACCACGAUACAGAAAUCUCAAGUCCGGCCACGCUCUUCCAUUCCUUCACAAAUUUCUGCAGACGUCCUCGCUAGCCAGUGUAUCGAAGCCGCUCAUGGUUCCCGCUUGAAUCCAUAUGCGCUACAUCCAGGCGAGCACAAAUCGAUAGGCCACGCUCUCUCGCCGAAGGAGGUCACUAUCUACCUCAACAUCCGCAACAGAAUUCUGCGAUUAUGGAAACAAAACUCGCUCUGUAGUGUGACGGCUGAUGAGGCUGCCGGCUGUGCAAAAGAGACUCGAUUUUUUGGUCUUGCGAGCGUGGCACAUCGUUGGCUGGUACGAAAUGGUUAUAUCAAUUUCGGCUGCGUGGAAGUCCCAAAGGAGCCAACAAAGCCGCUUGGUAAAGAUGCAAGACAACGGACGGUGGUUGUCAUAGGGGCUGGUGUUUCUGGUUUGACCUCAGCUCGACAAUUGGAGGGCGUGUUCGCACAAGAGGCUGGUAAAUGGGCAGCUCGAGGAGAGCUUCCUCCACGAGUAGUGGUCUUGGAAGGCAGGGAACGUAUCGGUGGACGAGUUUACUCGAAGCGCUUACGGAGUCAAGUCACCGGAAGCCUUCCGGAUGGCCUGCUCAAUACUGCCGAGAUGGGUGCGAUGAUUGUCACUGGAUUCGAGCACGGUAACCCACUCGAUACGAUUAUUAGAGCUCAACUCGGAGUACGAUAUCACCUCAUGCGCGAUUCGCUCACGAUAUACGACUGCGACGGCAAGCCUGUUGACGAACAUGCGGACAUGCUCAACACCGAAUUGUAUACGGAUAUUUCAGAUCGGGCUGGGGAGUUCCGAGCCGUUUCGCAAAAGAAGCUCACUGCGCUAGGGGACGAAGAUCUUAUCAAUCGCGGACGAGACCCGGCGCCUGACGGAUUUGCAGCAACCCAGCUAGAACCAUUAUUAGCUGGUCAGAUCAAAUCACAUCAGCCAGCAGCAAGACGAGGUCGACGAAGAAAUGCACCGCCUGGUACCGAAAAGCUGACAGGAAGGAGUGAAGUUAUCGAAGGCGAAGGUGUAAGAUACAGCGCUGCACGAGCGGCAAAGAGCAUGGGAUGGCAGAUCAGAGAAGGCGUCGCCAAGAAUCAGAGCGUUUCAUUACAACAAGUCGCCAGCGCCAGCGCACAUCCCACUCUGGGAUCUGUCAUGGACGAAGCCAUUGUGCAAUAUCAAAGUCUGAUAAAUGUGACACCAACGGAUAUGCGACUUUUGAAUUGGCACCAUGCAAAUCUGGAAUAUGCAAAUGCGGCACCUGUGACAUCACUGAGUCUCAGCGGUCAUGAUCAAGAUACGGGAAAUGAAUUCGAGGGCGCUCAUUCGGAAAUAAUAGGAGGGUACACCCAGGUUCCGUGUGGACUGAUGAACCUUCCAACAAAGCUCGAUGUCAGAUUUGGUCACAUCGUGGAGAGCAUUCAUUAUGAUGAUCGCCAUCCCAGCAACGAGCCAGUCACGACCAAGGUGGUUUGCACAAAUGGUGAGAUCUUUGAGGCAGAUGAAAUCGUGAUGACAGUCCCUCUGGGCGUGUUGAAAGGCGAUGCUGUGGAUUUUGAUCCGCCCUUGCCUAGCUGGAAGCAAGAUGCCAUUGACCGGAUGGGGUUUGGUCUGCUCAACAAGGUCAUCUUGCUUUACGAAGAAUCGUUUUGGGAUGAAAACCGCGACAUGUUCGGUCUACUGAAUGAACCGGAGAAGUCUGGAAGUUUGGAUCCCAGGGACUACGAGAACAAACGCGGCCGAUUCUAUCUAAUUUGGAAUGCAAGCAAGACCAGCGGUCGUCCCAUGCUUAUUGCUCUGAUGGCGGGUCAUGCAGCAUACGAUGCAGAAUAUACCGGGACAGAAACUCUCAUGGAUGAAGUCACAGAUCGACUAAGAGGUGUAUUUGGACCGAAAGUACCGAAGCCGAUCGAAGUGAUCGUCACUCGCUGGCGUCGGGAUCGCUUCACAAGAGGCACCUACUCUUACGUCGCACGGGAUACAUUACCAAGCGACUAUGAUACAAUGGCCAGGCCCGUGGGGAAUCUGCAUUUCGCUGGUGAAGCGACCUGUGGCACUCAUCCUGCGACUGUGCACGGCGCCUUGUUAUCUGGCCUGCGUGUGGCUUCUGAUGUUGUUGAAGCUAUGAUCGGACCUGUCGAUGUGCCUGAGCCACUGGUCGACGCGGUGAUGAUCAAGCAGGAAACUACCAAUGGCACUUCGCUAUCAAAUGUCUGCCCCUCUGAUCCAUCAUUUUGGUCAUCACUUACAUCCUCCAACACUUUAAAGGCUUACUCUGCCUCUGACCGUGAGGCGACCAUCACUGCCAAGAUUUACUCACGAAUCGGCGAGCGUCCACUACGGCCUAGCAGGCCUGGUGUCAACCCGUUCCUAAUCUUCACCAAGGAGAAAUGGGAAGAAUGCAAGGCUUUUUGCAACCGUACCGAUACCAAUGGAUCUCCUGCCGCCAAUUCACCUAGCAAAAGCAAUCACGCUUCUUCUGCGCCUGCCAGUCGUGACAUGAUUCGUCAGACGAUCGGGAAAUGGUGGAAGGCAGCUUCUGAAGAGGACAAGCGACCAUUUAUCGCCCAGAGCCAGGCUGCUCAAGCACAAGCAGAUUCCCUUCGCAAGCAGUGGGAUAUUGAUGUCGCCAAGUGGGACUCGGAUGCAGUACGGAUUCGGCGAGAGCUUGUCACUGAAGAACAGCAGCAGCAGCAACAACAACAACAGCUAUCUGCCCCGCCAGCACCUCUGGAGACUGGGAUACAAAUCCCGGAUGCUAACACAGCUCCACCUACUGUCGAGGUUGCUCCCGAUGCUCCUGGCGAGGCAGCUGCUGCUGUUCCUAUCGUUCAGCCUCCUCUCGUGAAUGAAGUCGCUACUGAGCCCAUGGUUCUGUCAUGA